AUGGCGACUUUAUCUCCAGACGUUCGCAACUCCACCCUCAGCGCGCUCAAGCUGACCUGUCCCUCGGCCGAAGUCGUCCACUACGAACCGGAUUCUGCAUCUGACACUGAUUCGCCUACUAUGGAGCCCCGCCACUUUGUCGACGCGGAUGCCGAGUGGUCUGACGAGGACGAGCUGCUUCCAAGAGUAAACAGGAACAAACGGAAAACGCAGUAUAUACCUCCGCAUGUAAAGAUCACCUCAACGGCCGAGUCGUCCUCGGGGGAGUCGAGCUCGCCUAGUCUGCAUCGAAAUGACGCCAAGAGUGCCUCGCGAUCAGACGUGAAGGCUGGGAGCGUCCCAGAAGAUCUGGUAAAGCGGUUCUACCAGGUGUCAAAGGAGAGAGACGCAUUGAGAAAGGAGCUUCAAAGACAGAGCGUUGGACCACAUGGCAUACCAGAUAGGAAGUCGGUCGUGUACAAGUCGGAAGAGAAGUCGCUGAUCGAGGAAAUGCACGCCUUGCGCUACGAGAUCAGAGACUGGAGCGAAGAGUACUUCAGCGGACCAACGACGUCGCGUAGCAAGCGACCGCGUAUGCACUCGGCCAAGGACUUGUUUGGAGGCCUUACGGAUAACUACAAUGUGUACCUGAACCAUCCCGACGAUCGUCCGCUGCUAAUACAGUCGUACCUCUGGUUCAGGCUGCAGCAAAAGAUUUUCAACAACUGGCAAAAAGACUGUGGAUAUGUUUGGGCAGGCAAACUGGGCGACAGGAAACUCAGGCCUCUCAACGAUACGCUGCGAAAAGCCGUCAAAAACGAAGAACAGGCAGAAGAAUACCACCGCUGGCGCGCCCUCACCGUAAACCUCCUCGUCCCUCAAAUCGACGGCAAGUGGUCCCCAACCUUCGAUGCCGCGCCGGUUCUCAAACACAUAUCCCGCCUCUGCAGCCGCAUGCAACGCAAGCUGCGCCCAUGGGCUACCAAAUCCCUGCGUUACGGACGCGAUCAACUACGCACCAUCAUCUCUGCGGCCGUAGCCUUAGACCUCAAAAUGAAGCGCCAACGUGCCGAUUACCGCUUCGUCACUUUCACAGGCGGCAAACCGAAUCAGUACUGGGGAUACGGGUACUAUGAUAGCGAGAUGGAAGACGCAUACGAAGAGAGCGGAGAUGAAGAGAGAACGAGGAGGGUCGAAUUAGCCCUGGCACCUGCGUUGGAGAGGUGUGGUAAUGCAAAUGGCCAUGUGUUUGAUCAGAGCUUCAUUUUGGUCAAGGCGGAUGUUAGUUGUAAGAGGUUGGAAAAGCAAAGGGCGCAGGUGAGGGCCAGAGGGGCAGGCACGAAGAAGGGGAUCGGCUUUUGGAAUAAGAAUGAUUAA